AUGAAAACCGCCUUUCUGAAAAACCUCACCAGUUAUGGUUACUCGUUCCUGUUGCUGCCCGCAUUUUCCUAUAGCAGUAACACAGCCAUCUCUUUCGAAGUCCACCACCUACUGAAGAAAUACCAAGCUAAACAGAAAGCUAUAUUUUUCCAUCCAAACUACCUUAAAAGCCUUGCUCAGUUUUGGAAAGGGAGGGGUGUCCGAGCCUACCGCCUGUCCACCGGAUUUAUGAUAACCAGCGCGGCCAUAGAACUCUGCCAGGACGUCACACUCUAUGGAUUCUGGCCUUUCUCUAAAAACUUGGAUGGGAAACCCAUCAGCCACCAUUACUAUGACAACCAGCUACCAAAGCCUGGCUUUCAUGCCAUGCCCAAAGAGUUUUAUCAAGUCCUUCAACUCCAUCAUAAAGGGGUUCUGAAGCUUCAAAUUGGUGAAUGUGAGAAGAGAUGA